AUGCGACGAAGGCGAGGAGAAUGGUUAUUUGCAACGAUUUUACCCUGUUUGGUUUUGGCGCAAUCCGGCUAUGAUGCAGAGCCAAUUGGUCGAGUGGCUGCAAAUAAUGGAGUUGGUCAGUUUCAACAGCCACCGCCUAGACCAGUUCCCCGAGGCUAUCAGGUUCGAGUUUUAUAGUG